AUGGGGCCAGGGCACGACAUCAACAUAGGGAGUCUGGGGAAGAACGUGCAUGAGAAGAGGGUGAAUGGGAUAAGGGUGGAGGGCUGCACCUUCACCAACACCCAUAACGGGAUAAGGAUCAAGACGUGGCCGUAUGAGCCAGGGACAAUCACCAUCUCGGAUCUCCACGUCAUCAACGUCACCAUGGUCAAUGCGGGCAACCCCAUCGUUUUUCAUCAAAAGUAUUGCCCAUGGAACCUAUGCUUAGUGGUUAAGUCAUCCCUCAAACAGAUCAACGACGUGGAGAUCAACAACGUGACAUGCACCAGCGCCACACCGAAUGUCAUAACAUUCAUCUGCAGCAAAGACAAGCCGUGCGACAACAUUAGGAUUGGAACCAUUCAUCUCAAAUAA